GUUAACAGAACCUUCUGGAUAUCUAACAGAUGGACCAAUAAAUUAUAAAUAUAAAACUAAAUGUACAUGGUUAAUUGAAGGAUACCCGAAUGCAAUACUAAGAUUAAGAUUUAAUCACUUUGCCACAGAAUGUAGUUGGGACCAUAUGUAUGUAUAUGAUGGAGAUUCAAUAUAUGCACCUUUAAUAGCUGUAUUUAGUGGUCUAAUAGUCCCUGAAGUGCGUGGAAAUGAAACUGUUCCUGAAGUAGUUACUACAUCUGGCUAUGCAUUGCUACAUUUUUUUAGUGAUGCUGCUUAUAAUCUAACUGGAUUUAACAUAUUUUACUCCAUUAAUUCUUGUCCUAAUAACUGCUCAGAACAUGGAAAGUGUACAACCAGUGUGUCUGUACCAAGCCGGGUGUACUGUGAGUGUGACAAGUACUGGAAAGGAGAAGCCUGUGAUAUUCCCUAUUGUAAAGCCAACUGUGGCAGCCCAGAUCAUGGGUACUGUGAUUUGACGGGUGAGAAGCUGUGUGUUUGCAAUGAUAGCUGGCAAGGUCCAGAUUGUUCUUUGAAUGUCCCUUCCACGGAGUCUUACUGGAUUCUACCAAAUGUAAAGCCCUUCAGCCCUUCUGUUGGCCGGGCUUCACAUAAAGCAGUCCUACAUGGGAAAUUUAUGUGGGUGAUUGGUGGAUAUUCUUUUAACUACAGUUCAUUCCAGAUGGUGUUGAACUACAAUUUGGAAAGCAGCAUAUGGAACGUAGUACCUGUAUCCAAAGGGCCGCUCCAGAGAUAUGGACACACUCUUGCUUUAUAUCAGGAAGACAUCUACAUGUAUGGAGGCAAAAUUGAAACAAAUAAUGGAAACGUUACUGAUGAGUUGUGGAUUUUCAACAUACACAGUCAAACAUGGAGUACCAGAACUCCUGCAGUCCUUGUACAUGGCCAGCAAUAUGCUGUGGAAGGUCAUUCAGCACACAUAGUAGAGCUGGACAGCAGAGAUGUGGUUAUGAUUAUAAUUUUUGGAUAUUCUGCCAUAUAUGGUUACACAAGCAUCGUACAAGAAUACUACAUCA